UAUAUAUAUGGUUCUCCAUUAGUUGCUAGAAGUUGUAAUUGCACCUCUUGCUCGGACAGCCUGAUCCUCAAGAUGGGAGAUGAAGGUUGGAUAGAACUUAAGUUCAGACUCGCAGAUGGCACCGACAUCGGACCGAGCAAAUACAGUCAGUUCACGACUGUUGCGUCUCUCAAGGAGAAUAUCAUUGCUCAAUGGCCUAAAGACAAAGAAAAUGGCCCAAAGAUGAUAAAUGAGAUCAAGCUCAUCAAUGGUGGCAAAAUACUGGAGAACAACACAACACUUUCUGAAGCCAGGUCAAUACAAAUUUGUGAACAUCCUGGAAUGGUAACUACGAUGCAUGUUGUUCUUCCUCCUAGCCGAAGAGACGAGAAACUGCAGAAUGAACCUCCAGUGAAGAACAGUUGUGUAUGCUGCAUUUUGUAAGUCCACUAGAGAUUUUUGGCCUUUUACAUAAUUUUAUGCCAUUUGGAUUCUUCAUGUACCAGCUUUCCAUAGUUCCAACAUGCUUCUUCCGUAAUUAGUUCUCUUCAUUGUUUAC